GGGGCUUGGCUUAAGGCAAUUCAGACUCAGAGCAGUUUCACUGAGUCAAGGGGCUUUCAAGAACUGUGAGGCUCUUGGUGAUUUUCGACUGAUCCCCUGUGGCCUGUGUUUGCCCUCAGCAGACAAGCCAAUCUGGAUUUCCACUGUAACCAAAGCCAACAGCCUCUCCAAGAAAGCCAGUGGGAUUUUACUGAACCAGUUUGAAGACUGGUGCUUGAGCAAUUUCGUUUUUUCUAACUCCAUCACCCAUCAAGCUUUCUGGACAAAUUUUGCUUUUCAACAUUUCCUGGCUUUUUCAGGCUGACCUCUUGUUUUUUUCUCCUGGAAAGGACAAGAUCAACCAGGAGGGCAAAAGCUAACCCUUUUUUUUGGACUAAAAAAUUUAUAAAGGGCUGUUGUGCUGUGUAAGCACCAGUGAAAACACUAGGAUCACCAAUGCCUCUGGUGCGAUCCCUUUCGGUCACCUCUCUCAAUGGGCUGCCUCAGUGGGAAGAUGAAGAUCUCCCAGUUGAAGAUCUAUUACUAUUUGAAGUGGCAUGGGAAGUCACUAAUAAAGUUGGCGGCAUCUACACUGUGAUCCAGACAAAAGCCAAAAUCACAUUAGAUGAAUGGGGAGAAAAUUAUUUCCUUAUUGGCCCUUAUUUUGAGCACAACAUGAAGACACAGGUGGAAGUCUGUGAACCGCCCAGCACAGCCGUGAAAAAGGCAAUGGAAACCAUGAGGGGCAAUGGGUGUCAGGUGCAUUUUGGCAGGUGGCUGAUAGAAGGGAGCCCAUAUGUGGUGCUAUUUGAUAUAGGAUCAGCAGCUUGGAAUCUCGAGAAAUGGAAAGGGGAAUUCUGGGAUGCAAGCCAUAUAGGAAUACCUUACCAUGACCGAGAAGCAAACGACUCACUCAUCUUUGGAUCAUUAACUGCGUGGUUCUUAAAAGAGCUUACUGAUCAAUUAGAAGACAAACCCAAUAUCAUUGCUCACUUCCACGAAUGGCAAGCAGGACCUGGGUUAAUCCUCUGUAGAUUCAGGAAGAUCCCUGUUGCCACCAUUUUCACAACUCAUGCUACGCUGCUGGGGAGGUACCUGUGUGCAGCAAGUUUAGACUUCUACAACCACCUGGACCAGUUUGAUAUAGAUAAAGAAGCAGGUGAAAGACAGAUAUACCAUCGGUACUGCAUGGAGCGGGCAUCGGUGCAUUGCGCCCAUGUGUUUACUACAGUCUCCCAAAUAACUGCCAUAGAAGCAGAACACAUGCUCAAGAGAGCAGCUGAUGUCAUCACUCCGAACGGCUUGAACAUUAAGAAAUUCUCAGCCAUGCACGAGUUUCAGAAUUUGCAUGCUACCUGCAAAGCUAAGAUCCAAGAGUUUGUUCGAGGCCAUUUCUACGGUCAUCUCGAUUUCAACCUUGAAAGGACCUUGUUUUUUUUCAUUGCGGGGAGAUAUGAAUUUUCAAACAAAGGAGCUGACAUGUUUCUAGAGGCCUUAUCAAGAUUAAACUUCUUACUGAGGGUUCACAGGAGUGAUGUCACGGUAGUAGUGUUCUUCAUAAUGCCAGCAAGUACUAACAAUUUCAAUGUGGAAACUUUGAAAGGCCAGGCAGUCCGAAAGCAGCUGUGGGACACUGCACAUUCAGUGAAAGAAAAGUUUGGCAAAAAACUGUACGAGGCACUAUUAAGAGGAGAAAUCCCAGAUAUGAACAAGAUCAUAGAUCGUGAUGACCUAACCAUCAUUAAAAGAGCCAUCUAUUCCACCCAGAGACAGAGUCUCCCACCAGUGACAACACACAACAUGAUUGAUGAUUCCACUGACCCAAUCCUUAGUACCAUUCGAAGAAUUGGCCUUUUCAACAAUCGGACCGAUCGAGUUAAAAUAAUACUGCAUCCUGAAUUCCUUUCCUCAACAAGCCCAUUGUUACCAAUGGAUUACGAUGAAUUUGUCAGGGGUUGUCAUCUUGGGGUAUUCCCAUCUUAUUAUGAGCCCUGGGGCUACACACCUGCCGAGUGCACUGUUAUGGGGAUUCCCAGCGUGACCACGAAUUUGUCUGGAUUUGGCUGCUUCAUGCAAGAGCAUGUGGCUGACCCAGCUGCUUAUGGUAUUUACAUCGUGGACAGGAGAUUCCGCUCCCCAGAUGAAUCUUGUAAUCAGCUGACACAGUUCCUCUAUGGAUUCUGCCAGCAAUCACGUCGGCAAAGAAUUGUCCAGAGGAACCGAACAGAGAGGCUCUCAGACUUGUUGGACUGGAGAUAUCUAGGCAGGUAUUAUAUGCAUGCCAGGCACUUGGCUCUUAGACGAACAUUUCCUGAGAAAUUUGAGAUGGAACCAAAUGCUCCACCAAAGACUGAAGGAUUUCGGUACCCACGCCUUCAUCGGUACCCCCUUCACCCUCCUGUUUCUCAGCAACAAUAGCCCCACCAAAGCGAUGAAGAAGUUGAAGAUGAGGAUGAAAGAUACGCAUGAGGAAGAAGAGGC